CACGGCCCCCCUGACGUCACCUCUGCCGUCCCCAGACUCUGCUGUGGCUGCGGGCGAGGAGCUGAGCACAUGCAGUGAGGACACAGGACGUCGGGUAAUCCCACCGUGGGGUGGCCCUGCUUGAGUCAGGGGACAGAGAACUGAGCAUCCAUCACCACCAAGGCCAUGGCAGCCCAGCUGAACAGGAGCCAGAAGCCCUUCCACAUCGUAUCACCCCUCCUGGAGAGCCUGCCCCUGUCCAGGGCCACGGGUACCAAGGUCUACAUGAAGCUGGAGAACGUUCAGCCGACUGGUUCCUUCAAGAUCCGGGGCAUCGGUCACCUCUGCCAGGAGGCUGCCAAGAAGGGCUGCAGCCACUUCGUUUGUUCCUCAGGGGGCAACGCAGGGCUGGCUGCAGCAUAUGCGGCCCAGAAGCUGGGGGUGCCCAUCACCGUCGUGGUCCCCAGCAGCACCGGCCCUGGCACCAUGCGCAGGCUGCAGGAGCUGGGGGCAGAGGUGGAGGUCUCUGGCCAGGUAUGGGAUGAUGCCAACAGGAGGGCCCUGGAGCUGGUGGAGACCAAAGGCUCUGUCAGCAUCCACCCCUUCGACCAUCCCUUGGUGUGGCAGGGACACUCCAGCCUGGUCCAGGAGCUGAAGGACUCCCUGGAGACCAAACCAGAUGCCAUCGUGCUGGCGGUGGGUGGUGGGGGGCUGCUGGCGGGUGUUGUGGCUGGCUUGUGGCAGGUGGGCUGGCAGGACACCCCUAUCAUCGCCGCAGAGACAUGGGGGGCUCACAGCUUCCACGCGGCGCUGGAGGCCGGGCAGCUCGUCUCCCUGCCUGACAUCACCAGUGUGGCCAAGUGCUUGGGAGCCAAGACAGUGGCGGCGCGGGCGCUGGAGUGUGCCCGGGAAUGCCAGGUCAUCUCCCAAGUGGUGGAGGACGUGGAUGCUGUGCGGGCUGUGGAGCAGUUCCUGGAGGACGAGAGGAUGCUGGUGCAGCCGGCGUGCGGGGCUGCCCUGGCCCUGCUCUACACGGGGCGGCUGCAGCAGCUGCAGCGCGAGGGGCGGCUGCGGUCCCCGCUGGCCUCCGUGGUGGUGGUGGUCUGCGGCGGCAGCAGCAUCCAGCCCGCCCAGCUGCGCGCCCUCAAGGACCAGCUGGGGCUGGAGUGAUGUCCAUUGAGGAGGGGGGUGCGACAGAGCCAGCGUGGCAUCCUCUGCUUGCUGCCCUUCCGGAAGCGUGGAAUCAUGGAAUGGUUUGUGUUGGGAAGUAUCUUAACAUCAUCCAGUUCCAAUCCCCCUGCCAUGGGCAGGGACACCUCACGUUAGACCAUGUCACCCAAGACUCUGUCCAACCUGGACUUUAAAAUAACCCAAAUAAAGCCUGUUUCUUGAGCUGGA